CUCCGCCCCCCUCCCCCAUCACCUUCUCUCUUUAUAAAUCCUCCAUCACCCUUACACAAAUUCAAAUUCAAAUUCUUCAUUUUCCUCAAAUAAUAUUCUAAAUCAUCAUUCAUAUUUCUAUUCAUUCAUUUCUGUUUUCCAAUGGCUAUGUCCACUCUCACCGCCUUGCUGAACCACGUCGCCGCCAAAUUUCCUUCUCGCCGCGCCAUCAGCGUAUCCGGAAACUUAGAUCUCACCCAUGCACGCCUCAAUCAGCUCGUCGAUCACGCCGCCGCACACCUCCUCGCCGCCGGCGUCAAUCCCGGCGAUGUCGUCGCGCUCACUUUUCCCAACGUUGUUGAGUUUGUUAUAAUGUUUCUGGCCGUGAUACGAGCCCGAGCAACAGCGGCGCCGCUGAACGCCGCCUACACAUUUGACGAGUUCGAUUUCUACUUAUCGGACUCAGAAUCGAAGCUCCUGCUCACGUCAGAAGAAGGAAACGAGCCGGCGCAGGCGGCUGCCGCGAAGCUCAAUAUUCCUCAUCUCUCCGCCGCUCUGCCAGGCGGAGACUCGGAAAUCAUACUAUCUCCAGCUCAGUCCGACGUGGACACCGGCUCGAUCGCUAAACUCACCAACGAUCCUUCCGACGUGGCACUCUUCCUCCACACGUCCGGCACCACGAGUCGACCCAAAGGCGUGCCUCUUACUCAGCACAAUCUCUAUUCCUCCGUCGAAAACAUCAAAUCGGUCUACAAACUAACCGAAUCGGAUGCCACCGUGAUCGUCCUGCCCCUGUUCCACGUCCACGGCUUGCUAGCCGGCUUACUGAGCUCGCUCGGAGCCGGCGCCGCGGUGGCUCUGCCUGCCGCGGGUCGGUUCUCAGCAUCGACCUUCUGGUCAGACAUGAAGAGCUACAGCGCGACGUGGUACACCGCUGUGCCAACGAUCCAUCAGAUCGUGCUUGACCGCCACCUCAGCAAGCCCGAGCCGUCUUACCCGAAGCUCAGGUUCAUCCGGAGCUGCAGCGCCUCGCUGGCGCCUGUGAUACUGGAUCGGCUGGAAGAGGCCUUUGGUGCGCCGGUGUUGGAGGCUUACGCAAUGACGGAAGCGACGCAUCUGAUGACGUCGAAUCCGUUGCCUGAGGAGGGGCCGCACAAGCCCGGGUCUGUGGGGAAGCCCGUGGGGCAGGAGAUGGCGAUUUUGGACCAGAAUGGUGCCGUGCAAGAGCCUAAUGCUAUUGGAGAGGUUUGCAUAAGGGGGCCUAAUGUGACCAAAGGUUACAAGAAUAAUGCUGAGGCCAACAAAUCGGCUUUUUUGUUCGGUUGGUUCCAUACUGGAGAUUUGGGGUACUUGGAUUCCUAUGGAUAUCUGCAUCUUGUUGGUAGAAUCAAGGAAAUGAUCAACCGCGGAGGGGAAAAGAUUUCACCAAUUGAAGUAGACGCAGUCCUAUUGUCCCAUCCUGACAUUGCUCAAGGUGUUGCUUUUGGUGUCCCAGAUGAUAAAUAUGGUGAAGAGAUUAACUGUGCAGUUAUUCCAAGGGACGGGUUGAACCUUGAUGAAGACGAGGUUAUCAAGUUCUGCAAGAAGAAUUUGGCGGCAUUCAAGGUUCCGAAGAAGGUUUUCAUCACUGAUUCGCUCCCGAAGACUGCAUCUGGGAAAAUCCAGAGGCGGAUUGUUUCUGAGCAUUUCCUUGCACAGAUAUCCACCGCAAAGGUGCCGAAAUUCGGAGCCUAGGUUGGCAAGGCCAAGAUUUGGUAGCUCUAAAUAAUACCAACAAAAUACUACUACUAUCUAAUUACCAACGGUAUGAGUAUUUUCUACAAGUUCCAUGAUAUGCAAAUUUUCAUGUCGCUUUGGAUGUGUAUCAUAAUGAGUUGUGUAUUCUAUAGACAUUCAAAUAGAAUAUAUGUAGCAGUUCCGGAUUUACUGGCAAUGCAAAUUCAUUAACUUCA